AUUCCUGUGAGGUCUGUGCAUUCACUCACGAUCUUGCUUUCCGGUUUACUGAAUUAGUGAUUUUCGAUAACAGCCCCUUCUCUUCGGGACAGGUGUUUCGGUGAUAUUCCUCUAAGUAUGGAUUCUGUUAAUAAUGGUUUUGGAAGUGCCAGGAUGACCGGAUCAAUGGAGGGUGCCACCGGUGGAACCCUGCCCCCUGGUCUCACUGAAGAGGAAGCAGAGGAGUUGAGAGUGGAACUCACUAAGGUGGAGGAUGAGAUUCAGACUUUAAGGCAGGUCUUGGCUGCUAAGGAGAGGCAUGCUGGAGACAUCAAAAGACAACUGGGUAUCAGUCCGCUCAACGAGAUCAAACAGAACAUCUCAAAGGGAUGGCAGGAUGUCCAGUCCUCCAAUGCCUAUUUGCAAACCAAAGAGAAACUUGGACAGUGGAAUGAAAGCAUUACCCACUCAAAUGCUUACCUUACAGCCUCUGCCACUCUGGACGACAUAAGCCAAUCUGACGCGUAUAAGAAGACCCAGGAGACUCUCUCCCAGGCAGGCCAGGUGACCUCUGCAGCCUUGUCCAGCAUGGGUGCAGCCAUCAGCGAGAGAAUUGGGACCAUGAGGAGCUCGCCCUCCUUCAGGUCCUUUGAAGACCGGGUAGGAGGCCUGAGGAAGUAACAAGGACCCAGCUCUCUCUCCUUUCACUCCUGAUAAAGAACAAGCUAGCCUGUGCCCGGUGACAUGGUGAAGGAUAUCUGAUGGUAUCAAGCCCUGCAGUGAAAACACCCCUCGAUAACCUCUUAACUGCACUCCUUAAACCAGCUGUUGUGAAUGUACUAAUACAUUUGUAUACGGAAAAGGGACAAGCACAACUGAACUGUCUUCGAUAAACUCAACUCUAGAGAUAUAUUUAUUUUUGUUAAUUUCUGUACAGUUCACUUUUAAUGCUGCACCGCCUUAAUGAUAUGAAAUCUAUGCUCAGAUUUUGCAGCAGAAGUUAAAAUACGUUGUCCAAACCUAAUGUCUAAGCUAAGCCAAGAACAUCCUGGAUGACUCUAUUUGUCAGUCACAAGAAUAUUUCUCUGAAAGAAAUCUGAAUUCUAGUUGUUUUUACCGUGAAUUAACAUUGGAGUUGGUCUGGCAUAUACUCCCCUUUAGUAUCAGUCUGUGUUUCCGUUUAUAUUUGGAAAGGAACGUUGGCCCUUCUUAUAAAUGUAGUUUUACAAUCUACCCUGUCUGCUUUGUGGCUUGAAUGUUUAAUGAUAAAUGUUAUUAGACUUUGCAGACCUCAGACUGUUUUGAAUGCUCUACCCUUUGUCAUUGCUGCUCCUAAUCCAGGAUCAGUCUUCAAGGGCAUUUUAAAACCACCAGACUAUUUACACACUUACAAAAGACCCGUCGCAGCAAUUGACAUUUGUAGCCUCUGUAGACAUUGUUACUUGUUUAUAUUGAAUGUAAGAUGUCUCAUUAAUGACUUGGAUUGAUUGGCAGUAAAAAAAGGGCUAUAGUUUGCAAGCCACAUUGUGGUCUUGAACCAAAUGUUUUUUAAAACACUAGUGAUACUACAUUGUUUGAAAUCAGAUACAGGGCUCAUUUAACCAUUCGUUUUACACUCAUUUAAAAUCUGUGCAUGAAGCAAUUUGUUAUGCUCCCACUGUGAUGUCAGAAGAGCAGGAUGGUUUAUUCUAUGCAAAAACCUGGUCACAGUAACUUUAAAUGUCUGAAUGCACAAUAGGGCUUUUCUUUUCUUUUGAGGGUGGCAAGAUUAUAUUUGCCAGAAUUUAUGUUACAACCUGGUGUUUGUUUCUCAUUGUAGAUUGUCUUUUGUGUUAUUGUGGAGAAGCUGUAUCAGACUAUUGUCAGAAAAUGAAGUGACGUUAACUCUCAGAACAUUUAAGGAAUAGUUAAAAUACACAUUGCAAUAGCGGCCUUGGGUGCAUUUGUGGGAACUACAUUUUGCAUAAGCACUCAGUUUAACAGGGCAAGUAUCUGAUGUAAGGUCGGGUGGGUUGUGUCAUGAUCAGUGGCCAUGGGGAUCACAUUUUAAUUAUGAUAGUACUAGUAUACAUAUAUUCAUUUUUGACAGUACUUUGAUUCAAGUUACAAUGGAUAUUUAUUGCUUUUGGUGACUUCAAUAAAGGAUAGAAAACAGUA